GACGUCACUCGCGCCCCUCUCGUGCGCAGCAGAGCGCUCCCAGAAGAAGCAGACCGCAGAGAAAAGAGCGAAGGACGAACUUCAAGUAAAAAACCUCCAGGAAGCUCGUUUUAAUUCCCCCCCACUCCUCCAAAUGUUGUUCUUACAGCUAGAAGCGGGCGCUGGUGGUUUUGGUUGAUGCAAACGGACCAAACUUUGGCAAGAAACGUUGCUUCACUUUUUUUUCCUUUUUUUUUUCUUCUCUUUCUCCGGGGUCAGUAACCUGUGAAGAGAGGAAAAGAGAGGAUAUACUGAAAAAAAAGGGAUCUAUCCCCACUGGGGCUCAAACUUAGUUAUUUGUGGGUUAUGUUUUUCACAUUUUUCAAUUUUAUUUAACUUCAAAGGGAAAAAAGACCCAAAUCCACCUGCUAUAAAGGAAUACAGGUUUUCAAAAGUACAAUACGAGGCACAGUAGCUCAGCCCACCUGCCCAGCGUGGUUAUUUAGAAGAAGGGACGAGGGAAACCACUCUUAUCAUCGUCUAUUGCUGCUCUGAUUUCUCCUGAGCACAGAUGUACGCCGAGAAAGUCGUGACCGAGGGGAAGAUGGGGAGCAGGGGCAUCUCUCUGACCUGUGUGUUGACCCCAUGGCGGCUGAUUGGCGUUUUUGCAACCAUCAUAACCAUUGGAGCCAUUGGAGCUGCAGUCUGGGUCGUAGUUACCUACUGCACCAUGGAGGAGGACACAGGACUCUAUGAUGUUCAGGUAAAUUCACCCGACCAACAUCUCAGAGUGUUCGACUCUGCUCAGAAGAGGUGGCGUCAGGUGUGCUCCUCCUCAGCCAAUGAACUUCUUGCCAGCAUCAGUUGUGAGGAGGUUGGAUUUGUCAGUUUGGUGAAUUACUCAGUCACAUCCAUGCCAGAAGCCAGUGGUGACGCUGGAGAGUUUUUCUGCGUCAGAAAAGAAGAACUGAGCUAUGGAAAGAAAAUAAAAGACUCAUUGUACCCAUGUGCCUGUGAGAGCAGGGAAGUUCUUACACUGUUAUGCCAAGACUGUGGGCGGCGUAGUUUUGCUGCAGACCGUAUAGUUGGGGGUGUGGAUGCAAGGCAGGGCAGCUGGCCCUGGCAGGUUAGCUUACAAUAUGAUGGGAUUCACCAGUGUGGAGGAUCCAUCAUCUCAAAUCGCUGGAUUGUUUCUGCAGCUCACUGCUUCCCAGAGCGCAACCGUUUUAUUAACCGAUGGCGUGUGCUGCUGGGCUCCAUCUACAACAAGCCUGUCAAUGCCAACGUGGUGGAGGUGAAGACCAUAGUUUACCACAGUAGCUACCUGCCCUUUGUAGACCCCAAUAUCGAUGAUAACAGCAGAGACAUCGCAGUGUUGGCUCUCACUCAACCACUCACUUUCACUGAGUACAUCCAGCCUGUCUGUCUGCCAGCAUAUGGACAACGGCUGAUAGAUGGACAGAUGGGAACAGUGACUGGCUGGGGAAACGUUGGAUACUAUGGUCAUCUGGCAGAUGUUCUCCAGGAAGCAAAUGUCCCCAUCAUCAGUGAUACUGUCUGUAAUGCUCCUGAUUACUAUGACAACCAGAUCACCACCAGCAUGUUCUGUGCUGGCUACGAAAAAGGAGGCAUUGAUGCCUGCCAGGGAGACAGUGGGGGUCCUUUUGUGGCAGCGGACUGCCUGUCUAAAACCAGCCGCUAUCGUCUGCUCGGGGUGGUAAGCUGGGGAACAGGCUGCGCCAUGGCCAAAAAACCAGGGGUCUACACUAGAGUUUCACGAUUUCUGCCUUGGAUAUCCACAGCCAUGAGAAACUAUCACAACUCGCCUGGUGUCCAUAAAUUGGCUCGACCAUGAGAUUCCCGCAUCCAUCUUUCUGCUUUGUCUACUUUUGGAUGAGAAUUCGAACAAUCUUGCUCGAUUAUACUGUGACCCCUGUGACAGGGAAGUGAAACUAUGACUGUGGCCUUUUAUCGUCGUUCUGGACUCUUUAUGCAUCACUGAAGGUAAACCAGUACUAUGUAGGGACUGUUUAAUCUGUGUUUUUAUAACAUGAUGAAACACAGAAGCAGCAAUGUAUAGAUAAUCUCAAAAUCACAAAACUGAAUUUUUGAUUUUAAAUCAAAUGUUUGCGCUCCUCUAGUAUCUGUGAAUUAGAGAUUAAACUUGAAGUAGAGAUAACUGACAUCAGAGUUUAAUGGUAUUUUACUGCACAUUUAAAGCUCAAUGUGGGAACUCUGAAAGCAAACCUGAUCCUCUGAAAUGCUGUCCUCCUGGACACUCGUACAACUCUUUGCAUGAGUCUCUAUAUUAGUGCAGGAAUUCCUGCUGCCGGUGCUUAAAGUAGAAAUGCCAAGUCCACAUAAACACUACAUAUUAGCUAACUCAAGCUAAAAAAAAUACAUGCAAAAAACGAGAAACCUAAAAAUGUAAUGAAAUGCUUAAUCACUUUUGUUUGUUUAUACUGCACCAUUGUGAAAACGGCAGUUUUCUUUACUUUCCACUUGUACUUAUGUGAUAUGCACCUUCUCUUUUGUCUUUUAUAAUGUAUUUUCUAAUAAAACCUCCACACAACAAGCAGUAUGCCUAUAAUAGUUUAUAUGGAAUUGCACAAGCUGCUGAAGAUGAAGUUCCCAAUCAGUGUUUUCUUGUAUAUAGAUAUUAGUUGGUUUGAGUCCCUUAUUUUUUAAAUUCAGUUUUUUUUUUUUUGUAUUUUAAAAGGACCAUAUGUGACUGAACACAAAACGAUCAAGUGAAACAAAAUCAAUAUUGAUUAAAAUACUUUGUCACUGAAGUAUGUAAAAAUUAUCAGAUUAUUAUAAAAAAAAAUGACUUUUUCUACUCGUGAUUUUUGUUGAGUUACAUAAGUAAUAAAGUACCAGCAUGUGUAUGUUUGAA